GGCCCGGCCUGCUGGGUGGCUGCGGAAGGUGAAGAGAGUCCCGAUAGAGGGCGGCACCUUAGUGCCUUUUCUCGCCGGUUGUAUUUUAGUGCCUUGCCUAGUGCCCCGCCGCAGCUGCCGCGCCAGGUCUGUUCCACUCACACUAUUUACAGAUUUGGUGACUGUAGUGUGCGUAUUUGAAGGUACAAGCCAGGUGUUCUCAGGUGUCGGGGGUGGGCGGGGACAGCAACAUGGGAUACGGGACUUCUGCAGGACUCGCUCACUCUUGCACAUAAGCCGAAGCACACUCGCGGCAACACUGAAGGAUAGUCAACACCUUUCAUUUUUGAGUGAUGUCGAGGGAGGGGGGAGCAGCAGGGGCGUGCCGGCGCGAUGGAGGCAGCAGCGGCAGUGUGGCCCCACAGUCUUUCCCACCACAGUUUUAUCCUGUGGUUGGAUACCAAGGAAACUCUCAUACUUGGUUUGUGCCACACCCCUCCUCAGGAGUCCCCAGUCAAUGGAGCCCCUCGUGGCAUCCUCCCAUGGGCUAUCCGGCGCCCACCCCACCCUGGUCCGGCCAACAGACCCCCUCUACCACCAGCACCGCUACCACCGUGGCUCCGGCCUCCGAUGAGUACACUGUUGACACUCUCAGGAGAAUCUACAAAGACGAUGAUGGACGAGUGGAGAUUCAGAGAGUCAAAGUGCAGCGACGCCCGCCAGACAGUGGCGCUGUCUCUCUUGCGGGGCCGGAAGCCAUGAGCGUGGUUCCCGUUGGCGCCAUCUCCAGGAAUGAGCGACGUCCACCGCCAAGGAAACAUCGCAGAAAGCCAGAUAUACCCAUGACAGCCAUGGGGCCAAUGGGACCCUACCCUUGGUAUCCCUAUAUGCCUUACAUGCCAUAUCCUUAUCCGUAUCCUUACUACUUUGGGAAUUGCAUGUGGCCAUCUGGUGCACCUUCUGGCUCUAUUUCCACCUGGAGCGGCAAUGAGGACAGCGAAGCAGUGUCUUCUCAUCAAGACUCUGCUUUGAACUCACAGCGUCUUGAGUCUCGCGUUUCACACCUCUCCGGGGACUCGCUGCCCUCAGCACUGCACCGCGCCUCUUCUCCGACUGCUGCCUCGCAUAUCACCGAAAGCCACAGCAUAGCACCUUCAGACAGUGUUUCAGUUCGCGGCCGUAAGAGAGAAACUUCACUGGAGCGCGCACUGCUGGGCCCGACACCUCCGCCACGCACCAAAAGUCGGGCGUCUUCGUCGCUGGAUUGUAAAUCGGAUCACGUUGGCAAAACUCAGGAGUGGAUGUUGGAGAUGCAGCGUGCACUGAGGACUGGGAGCGAUGUGGCUGUGAAGGCCGAUGACAACAGUGCGCUGAGGAGUGAUCAGAAUGAGGUUUAUAGAAAAAUCCCUCCAGUAAGAAAGCGAAGAAGAAACAAAGCAGCAGAUAUGAGUGACCAAUCCUCCAUGUCUGGACUAAAGGAAGUUGAUGAUGUUAGUGAACAACAAAGCGUUAUUUCUGAAGCGACGUUUGACGACUCUUCAAGAUUAAGUCCAGAACUCACUUACGCUUUCAGGAAGCUAGAAAGGUCAGUUGAUGCUUUUAGAACUGAAAUUGCUACUGAAUCCUCUCCCGUUCACAGCUUCGCCCCGUCACCGUCUGUGGACAUUUCUCACUCCAGUGGUGCAGCGACGCCCACUGAGGCCAACGUUACGCCACUGCCAUUUUCUGACAUAUGCGGCCUCGCCAAGGAAGAGGAAAUUAUGAAACGUGAAAAAUAUGGACGCCCAAGAACCACAUCAGAGUCUGUUUGCUCCCUUCCAUCUCUGGAGAUGGCGAGAGUUGGAUCGGCACCUGACGUUUCCCUUCGCUCAAAAGCAACAGUCGUUUCGUCAUCGCAGUUUAACACAUCUACAGAGACCAGAGCCACGACGCUCACUCCUACAAACACAUGUCCCUCCCCAGGCGCACAAACAUCUACCACCUCCACAUCACAUGUUAUAACAACCUCAACAGAAACAGGAUCAGUAAAGCCACAGGAACUUACUUCAAAAACUGAAGAAUCCAAAGUAGUUCCAGUUCAAUUAUCAACUUCUGAUACUAAUGCAAGUCCUUUACCCAAAUCUCCUCCGCCUCCUGCGUGCCAGCCUUCCUCACCGCCUCACUCUCAUCAAGCGGAAGACACCAAAGAACAAAGCCACAAGACAACAGAAGCAACAGAAACUGGAAUACCAAAAGAGACAGCAGAAGUUGAAAGUCCGCCAGCUUUGGAGUCAAUCGGUCCGCCGUCCUUCAAAUCAACAGACGUCUCCGCCACUGACACACCUGCAGCCACUGGCUCUGAGGGAGUCGGUGGAGCCAGCGGGCGGCUCUCCCAGGCAAGCAGCGCCACCACAUUUUUCUCUGUACGAACCGCAGACGACUCACACACUCUCGACACCGACUCCACCGACAUUCCGAUGCCCACCACUGAUUCAGCAGACGAGAAUGAAGAAUCUCCGGGAAGCGCCGGACCCGAGGAAGACCAGGUGUGGGUGCUGCAGCGACCCAACGAAGCACCCACACUCAACACCACAGGCCAAGAUGAACACCGCAAUGCCUGGCGUGCUGAAGUGAGCCUGUGGCGGGCCAGUCUAGUAGUGUCCCUGUGCCGUGGGCGAGGCUUGGACCGCCAGGACUGGACCACCUUCCACCUGAUGGUGCACCAUCCGCUCACCAUGGACCUCAAGCUGUCACUGCUGCACGCCCCGCGCCUGUGUGCAGCCAACAGCAGCGUGGGGCCCGCCGUACUUCGAGUGGCGCUGAUCCAACUGGCGCAGUACGGCGAGCUUCUGUUGCAGCCUGAGGCGUCGCGUCAGCCUGGGUGGCGCUGCAUCAAGCUGGACGCCGGACAGGCCUGGGCAUCCCUCAAGGGAGCUGCAGAGAUAUUGCACAGCCUGGGAUAUCAGGAGCGAAGAAAUGGCUUGGAGCUGAAGUACAGGCAGCGCUGCAGUCCCGAGGCAUCGGUGGUGGCUCGUCUCACCCUCGACAUGCUGGUGCUGGCAGAGGAGUUCCGCCUCUUCCUCACCGGGACUCACCAAUACCCGACCAACGUGUCCAGCUUAUUCUUCCCUGAAUCACUGAAUACAGGCGCCAUAUCAGAUCUGCCUCUGCGGCCUCCCUCGUCGGAAGGCAGCUUCGUUUCAGCUCAGUCUGAAGCCGUCAUCGCUGCCAGGCCUCAAAGUGAAGCAUCCUCUGUCACCGACGACGAUACAGAAACUCUGCAGACGUGUACCAUUCAGACUGCCCAAUCAAAAUUAACCAGAAACAAAUCUACGUCAGAGGAAGACGUUACUUUAAGGGAGGAAGACAACAAAAUUGUAGCAGUAGAGAAAGACACUGCUUCAGCUAAGAAAGAGGAACAUAAAACAGAGGUAGCAGUAGAGAAAGACACUGCUUCAGCGGAGAAAGAGGAACACGAAACAGAAACCACCGCGCAACCAUCCACAGAAGCUAACACAAAGGCUUCACCUGAGAGACAAGUGCCUCCCACACCCAUAAUUCCUGAUGAAGCUGCAGCACCCGACACGCAAGCCAAACUAGCCACCACGAGAACGUCAGAGGCAUCACCAGGUAACGAAACUGUCACUCCCACCACUACUCCAGCCGAGCCAUCAGCAGUUGAUUCAUCCUGUAAGACAGAUAAAGACAGCCUUGUUAGUACGCCAGCCGCCACUAAUGACACCACCAACGACAACCCUGAGGAACACGUGUAUGAAGAAAUCGACGUGAUACGCGCUCAGGUUCAAUCUCUCAGGGCGUCCAGUGUGCCAGCAGAGUCAGUUCCGCCGCCACUUCCACCAAAGAAGAAAAUUAACGCUGGAGGUGAAGAUGAAUCACAGCUGAGCUUCACCUAUCCGCACGUGGACCGCUCAUCAGCCUCCACGCCGGCGUCCCUGCGCGGCGGAUCGACGGGCGCCAGAAGGAAAAAGCGUCGUGCUCCCAUGCCACCUGAAUUCUUGCCGCCAAACUGGAAGGAAAGCCAAGAGACACCAAAACAGCAAGACCUUGAGGUAAAAGACAAGAAACAAGAAUCCGCUGAACCCAGCACCACGAAGAAGGCUGAGUACAGGAGAUCACUGAAUCCUUUCUACGAGGAGCUUGAGUGUGUAGAAAACAGUGUGAAGGAAGCUGACGAUAACAAGGACGCUGAUCAGGAAGAUGCAUUAGAUAGCAGUGAAGAUAAGGGCAACCCAUUCUUGGAAAAGAAGGUCAAAGUUAAAGGCUACAUCGGAAAGAAUCCCUUUUAUGAGGAUGUUGAAAUACUAAAGAAAAGUGACGAAUAUAAGGAAUUAAAAGCAAGCCAACCCUCUCCUGCCGCUCUCGAGUCAACUCCAGCGCCAGUCAUCACCUCAGAACAUCAUGAACCUCCACUACGGAAGCGUCGAGCCCCACACCCUCCACCCUCUACCCAGGCACAAGACACAAGCGCCACAAGCCAUCCAGAAGACUCAGCACAUCCACAACACGGUAUUGACAAUCUAGAGGCAGCCAACGCACCCCAAGCAACUGAAAGGAGUGAUGGCUCUGAUCAGCCUUGUAAACAAAUAUCACAAAGUAGUCCUGAUGAAAGCAACAUCGAUUCGUCUUUAUUGGCAUCUUCAGACUCCACAAAGACAGACCCUGAGAACAAGACCGAUCCAGAACCUGAAACAAAAGAUCCGAUAAACAAAGAUGCCAAGAUAGUCGCAGCGGAGAACAAGUCAACACCUCCACCUUUGCCAGAAGACGGCCCACAGGAGCGCCAAAUGGAGGCUGCAGUUCCCACGACCCCCAAGCAAAGUCGAGUGACCCGCACACCGCUCCCUCAUCCUAAAGUUCCGCCGCCUCCACUGCCUCCUUUGCCUAAGAUUCCUACCAGUAGUCUCUCCACAGAAGAAUCUCCACCCCGAUCCCUCCACCCAACUCCUCUCUCCCUCUUUGACGAAAUCCCGUACAUGGAUGCUAAUGAGAUCAAAGAAGCUCAGGAACAAACACAGUCAUCGGAUUCUCACCUUCAAAGCAUCGCUGGUGGUGGUUCCCCGGCGGCAGUGGUAAAGUUCAGCCACACGUUGUCUCGACAGUCACCUCUGGCACGUGCGGAUGAUGUGAAUCUUCCUCCUCUCGGUCUCCCUCCGCCGCCACCUUGUCCACCACCUGAAUCCCCGCCAGAGACUCCUCACACCUCCCCGCCAGAGACACCUCACACCUCCCCACCAGAGACUCCUCAUGUUUCACCGCCAGAGACUCCUCACACUUCUCCACCCGAGACUCCUCACGCUUCCCCUCGUGACCCGCACGCUUCCCCUCCUGUGACUCCCCGUCCGUUCCCAAAGCACACUCCUCUCCCUCCUUCACGCCACAAGCCAUCACUCACGACGGAAAAAGAGCAACAGCACGAAAAGGCAGACGCUGUAACGAGGGCCGAGGAUGAAGCUCCACCAGUUCCACCCAAGCCUUUCCAGCUGGAGAUCGCGAAUGGAGAGGCUCCCAGCUUGCCACCACGGUCGCCUAUCAUCCCUCCCAAGGCCAUCCAGCAGGGAGAUACACAACACCCACCACGUUCACCAAAGGCGUCCCACACCAGUCAUACUCCAGUUACAGGAACGGUAAGCUCGACAUCAGAGGAGAGAUAUGAAAUCCCCGACACAUCCCGGGCUCCUCCUCCUCGUCCCCCGAUUCAGAUACCCAUAAAGACGCAACAGCAACAGCAGCAGCACCAAGAACAACAACAGCAGCAGCAGCAGAAACAGCAGGAACAAGUUAACGGAAAAACAUCCACUCAGUCUAUAGAAGAUGAACGAUAUGAAGUCCCGGAAGUCCCGAAACACCCCAUUGCUGUAGUUUCGAAGGGAAGCGUUGAGGUUGUAAAGGCACCAGAGACUGAGGAAAGAUACGAGAUUCCCGAGGUGGUGAAAGAUCAACCUGUGAAGCGCGGGGUAAAUGGCGCGGUGUGCACAGCAGGACUUGGCCCCACCUCGUCGGCCAGGAAAGGAGAGAUAGCAGCCAUCUUCGGCCCUCCAAAGCCUCCUCGCAGACGCAGACACAACCACUCUCCUCCGCCCAGGCCGCCCAAAAGUUGCAGCUUAGAUGGAACCAAGACUGACGGGUUGAAUGAAGUAUCUCUUGGAUCAACCUCCACCACCUCCUCUUACACCUCCUCCUCCUCGGGCCAUCCACCGCCCUCUCUGCAACACAAAAGCAACACCAAACACCGUUCAUGGCCUUUCCUUCUGUGUAACUGUCUCUAUGUCAACUGCCGUACCUAUGAAGACGCUGACAAGUGAGGCCACACCAUUAAUCUGCUGUCUUUUAUGUGAAUGAUCAUUGUAUUAUAAUUGGGAUAUUUAUGUAAGCAACCAGUCAUACAUCUUUAUAUUGAGCAGCAUGUGUUUUGUAAUGAGAUUCAUGUGAGGUCAAACUACACGAAUGGUCUGUCAUAGUGUGAAAAACGUUGUCAUGGUGAUCUCUUCGACUCCUACUCUGUGACUCAUGCAUGACAGGUCACCCCACUACCUUAUCGAAGGGAAGAAGCAGGUGACUGGUGACCGGUGACUGGUGACUGGUGAGUGCUGCUGCUGCCUUGGUCAUUUAGUGUUUCAAACGCUCUAUAUAUAGCCGUGGAUUUUUCUUUUCUUUCUCUUCUUUAUAUACCGAGUAAUGUGUAGUGUAUCUCAUCUGUGUCGUCCAUCUUGCUGUGUAUAUGUACAUCAAUCAGAUAUCAAUUGGCAGAAUGUAUAUUUAACUGACUUGGGAAGGAAUCCUCUAAUAAAAGCUACAAAUA